GGGCUGUGGUGAAGGACUGUUUGAGUAUCGGUGACGUGUUUGAGUGACGAAUUGCGGACACAGGCCGGUGCGCCCGCGCCGUCAAUGGUGCCCCGGCGCAAAGGUAUAGUGCAUAUUCAAUUUCGGACGACGGUUCAUUUUCCCCCUCCGAUGAAAUUUCAGUGGCAACCAAGACCAACCACUUUCGAAGGAAAUCGACGGCGUUGGACGUGAUAACUAUACACAGAUAUCUAACAUGGAGAGUGCUCAAAUUCGCAUGGAGCGGAUGCUCCCUGAGCUCAGAGAUUUGGAACAGAAGAAGACGUUCACCAAAACAGAAAUUUCUGCUAUCGUCACUCAGCGCAACUACUACGAAGCUUUGAUUGCCAGACCCAAACAACCAGAAUGCUAUCUAAAAUAUAUCGAAUAUGAGAAACGCCUCGAGAAGUUGCGCAGGCUGAGAGUUGGAAAAUACGGACAUGCCAAAGGACGUACAACUCUAUCUGAUUACUCAAUUCCACUUCACAUCCUCAGUUUGUACUCCGCGGCGGCGAAGAGAUUUCCAGAAUCAUUAGAGCUUUGGACGUCAUACAUCGCCUACUCACUCACUCAAGCAUCCAACAAACUAGUCAGUCGAGUUCUCUCUGCUGCAAUUGCUGCCCAUCCGUCACAUUCGGAUUUCUGGGUUAUGGCAGCUCAAUUCGAAGCGGAUGGCGAUGAAACUGGCAAAGGGGGUGGGAACGUGGAUGGAGCUCGGAAGCUGUUGAUGAGAGGACUCAGGUUCUUCAAAGAUGCGAGCUCAUUGCCCCUAUGGAUUGAAUGGAUCCGGAUCGAACUCAAUUUCAUUCAAACUAUGGAGAAACGUCGUGAAGCUUUCGGGCUGUUGGAUUCCCAAUCAAAGUCGAACGAUCCUAGCCACUCUACCCCACCAGAAGAAAGUGAACACGCUGAUCAAGCCCUUCAGACAACGGCAGAUCUUCAGCAACUUCCCGAUGACCCUGAUACUUCCAUGACACCAAUUAAUCACAACGUCGACUGCACCGGGUUAAAAGGUCAAGAGGCACUUCUUUCGGGGGCUCUUGUCAAAGUUGUCUUGCAAAACGCAUUCGAAGCUAUCCCCGGCCUGGACAUCUUUCACACCGUUCUUCCUACAUUACACGCGUUCAAAUCACCUCUAAGGCCUGCGCUCUUGCACUUCCUCUAUGGGAAGAUUUCAGAGAUGUACCCCGACUCGGCCAAGGCACUCGUAAUGUUGACGACGAGACCACUGUACAGGUAUUCCACAGGUGGUAAACUGCUGGCGGUCUCCGGGGAAGAAUUGGUAGAUCUUCUGAGCAGUACGAUCGUCCAACUUCAACAACUAUGCAAAGAGAAAUCACAUCUAGCAUCAAUGUCGGAAGAGUUUUUGGCAUUUCUAAUAGAAAUGCACUCAAUUCUAAACGAAAUGGAAGUGCGGGAAUAUGUGGCAGCCGUAAUCCGAAAGACAGUAUCAUCAGCCAUCAAAAGAAAGUCUGAUACGGUGAAUCUACAUCAGCUUGUCAUAUCGCAUUACGAGAACACCGAUGCGAUUACCGAUGGUCUCCAGCUUGCUAGGACGGGGACCCAACGAUUUCCGGACUGUUUGGAUCUAUGGGAGAGUCGGUUGACUCUGCUACUCAAAACUCAAGAACAAAAGCCCGCGAGUCCGACUACUCUUGAAGUUUUUCAUGAGGCGAUCCAGCGCUUCCCAGGCUCGAUUCGACUCGCAGAGCUAUAUUCCCAGUUCCUGAAGCAACAGCACGCCAACAAGAGCAUAAGCGAUGAAGAGCUGUGGACAAGUCUUGAGCAACAACUUGAUACCACACUCAAGACCUGCCCAAUAAAGCUAGACGAAUCUCGUCAAUCAGCUCGAUAUCCACCUUCGAACGUGGCUGAAGUUUACCAGCGCACAUUGGCGGAAUGUCCAGGCAGAAUGCCACUGAAGGAGUUUGCGAAAUACCUAUCGAACAAAUCUGUUGUUUCGUUGAGUUUUCUGAGUUGGCUUCUGGAAUUCAAAUCGGCCCAAGAAGACCUUAAGGCCCUCGAAGAUCUGCACGACUUAGUGACCAGUCAUCCUCAUGCGCAGCUCGAUCACUGGGCUGACCAUCUGAGCUUCCUAUUAACCAGGAAGAAGGACUGUCAUGGGGCAAGCCGACUCUUGGCUAAGGCUAGGAACUCUCUUGGUCGUAAAGCUUCCGAACAGCUCGAACAAAAAUGGAUGCAAAUCAACUCUUCCUUUUCAGGUUCUGACCCACCCAAUGUCGAGAAACAGUAACUGGAAAACACCCGAUCAGGACUUCUCUGCCAUCCAACGCUAUCCUUGGAUUCGCUAUUCAGACGUCAUUUGUCUUUCCUCUACAUCGAUAGCUUUUAUGCUUGUAAACCUAACAUGACCUCUCACUUGUGGUUGUUUUCAAAAAGUCAAGGAAUUUUAUAACAUUUGAUUUGAAUACAACCCAUGCAGUGCU